AUGACCGACGGCGCGAACUACAAGGGUGACCCAGCGUCGUUCGGGGAGCUGACCUGGGAGCAGAUCCUCGAGAAGGCCGAGGGGGCCGUGUUCUCCGUCGCGCAGAGGGGUACGAGCAAGAGGUUGACGUCGCUGCGCACGAAGGCCAUCGACAGCGUCAACGAGUACAAGAAGGAGGCACAGAAGCUGUUCGUCGAUCUAGGCGCCGACGAGUUCUUCACUGCAGCGGUGCAGAGGAUCGAGGAGGGCGCCCGCUGCAUCGACACGACCCUCAGCGAGUGCAAGAUCAUGCACAACAUCCACCGCGACAACAAGACGGGCCUUGCGCAGAGGCAGGCGCGCGUCGACGAGGAGCUGACCAAGGCGAGCGGCACGCUGGCCGAGGGCGCCGUGAAGCUCGAGCUCCACGAGGUCAUCAAGGCCAAGGCGCUGGAGUUCAUGCGCGCGCAGCAGGACCCGUCCCAGCUGCACAUCGCGGCACCGCUGCGGGCCCCCGUGGUCUGCCAGGCGGGCCAGUUCUUCCGCGGAUUCGUUGGCGGGCCCGGCAAGUUCGCACUGCACCUGGGCGCGGUGGAGGGCUGGCGCACGGAUGCCAAGCUGGCGGUGCGCGCGGGCCCGUCGGGGCCCCGCAUCGGCCUGUUCGCGCCCGGCACGCACGAGGUGUGCCACGGCGCCGCCGGGAGCCCUGCGCACCACGGGGCCAUCAACCGGGCGGUGCCCGUCGUGGAGCGGGCGUGCAGGGCGGCCGGCGCACGGGGGUACGACGAGCAGGCGGGGUCCGGGGACCUGCGCUACCUGAAGCUGGCCGUGCAGCGCUCCACCGGCCGGGUGCAGCUCACACUGGUCUGGCACGCGGCCUCGGAGGCGGAGGCCGGCGAGCUGCUGCGGCGGCUGCUGGAGCGGCUCCGGCGGGCCCGCUGCUGGCACUCCAUCCUCUGGGUCAACUUCCACCCGGCCAGCCGCCACGUCUCCCGCAUCGUGAACUACGAUCCAGGCUCCUGGCGGCGGCUCGCGGGCCGCAGGAGGCCUCUGGGGGAGCGGCUGGCGAGCCUGGCGCUGCCAUACCGGGCGCCCCUACUGCGCUUCCCCCCGCACGUGUUCCGGCAGGCGAAUCUCUGCGCCUUCGAGGCCAUUGUCGCGGCGGUGCGCGGCUUCGUGCCCGCCGGCAGCCGGGUGGUGGAGCUCUACGGCGGCGUGGGCACCAUUGGCUUGCACGUGGUCGACCUGGUGACCGCGCUCGAGUGCAGCGACGAGAACCCGCACAACGCCCGCUGCUUCCGCCGCGCGGCCCGCGGUCUGCCGCGAGAGCUCCGGCCCAGGGUGACCUACACAACGGGGGCCGCCGCCACGAGGGUGGACAGCUUCCGCGGCGCGGACGUGCUGAUCGUCGACCCCCCCAGGAUUCAGAAGGGGCUGGAGGACGAGGUUGUGCAGGCGCUCUCGGGCGACGCCGGUAGCGCCUCGGGGCCCUGGCGCGUGCUGUACGUCAGCUGCGGCUUUCCGGCCCUGCGGCGCGACGUGGAGCGCGUCGUGGCGUGCGGCUGGACCGUCUCGCACGCCGAGGGCCACGUGCUCUUUCCAGGGGCAGACCACGUCGAGACCUUCUGCGUCCUGGACCACGCCAGGCGGCGGCGCGGCCGCGCGCCGCCGGACGGCGGGGCCCGAGGCGCCUGA